AUGCCCACCAGCCUGAGCAUCGACCCACCGACACCUCCUUCUCCUGAUGCCGACGAGCAGGACACUUUGCGCGACCUCAAUCGGACCCCUCACCCCUAUCACCACCAGAGCCUGGAGCUCCCCUACGCAUCCGAUCGCCUGCUGGUGCCCGAAAACCAGACGCAAACCCAGAAUGGCUCUGCAUCCCUGCUAAGUCCGUACGCAAAGGACUCAUCGCCCGCGAGCGAGAGCGGCACCGAGGCCGACGAUGAACAUUUCCUGAAGGGCCUGCCAGCCCCCAAGACACGACUGCACAAGGGGCUCAGAGGCCAGGAUGAGGUUCUUUCCGGGACAUCUACUCCAAUUCUCUCUCCCGCGGUUGGCGAAGAUGAUAUCGCCAUAUUAACGGAGAAGCCCAAGUCGCAAAAGCGCAUCGCGCAGAAGCGCCGCGUCAUCGAAACGCUGCGUCGGAAUAAGAAUCUGACCCAGCGGACGGUCGAAGUGAUCAUCGUGGCAUCCUUGGGAUUGAUGGUCCGGGCCAAUCCCCAGGUGGCAGAGUUGUUAGAUUAUUGGGAAAGAGACUAUCAACUCGCAGGUCUCACUUACGUCGCCCUCUUAAUCAUCUACCCGAUACGAGUGAUAGCUUGGGAGUAUCGCCGUGGAACACCCUCCAAAACCAUCCCAAUCGAGAUUCCUCACCAUUUCGACCCCGCCCCGAUACUCUACCCGCCUGCGAUCACCCUCUGCGUUUCGUCACUUGUAGCGACGAGCAAUACCGCAGUUGUCUUGCCGAAUAUUAUCCUAAGCAUCUGCUCUUGGCCGCAACAGCUAAUUCCGAAAUUCGAGCGCCUCACUGCCUACGACCCUGUACAUUGGGGCUUAACAUGCCUCCCCCUGCUCUGGAGUUCGUCGAUCCGCGGCGCCUCUCAGCUCGUAAAUACCGGCGUCGCCCUCUCAGAUGAGGAUUUGACAUUGUUAUACCCUCUCCACCAAACUCUUUGCUUCGUAUUGCAUCAUCUCACUACUACCAGCCUGUUAACUGCAGAGUUGCAGCUCUUCUCGAUAUCAUUGAUCAAUGUCUUAUUGCUUGCCUCAUCGCCGCAAGCCCUGAUUCUAAAGGCGUUACUCUGGGUCGGAGGUUUAGGAACACUCGUCUUCUGUAGCUCCGUCAUUCGUUCGGGCAUCCUACUAGCUCGAGUUCCGAAAUGGCGAUUUCGAAGGAUUCCUGGCCACCGACAACGCUCUCUUCUCAGAGAGCUCUCCAAAAUCUUCUCCUGGAAAAGGAUCAAGAGCGAGGUGUUUGGCUCAGCUCUUGAGCCAGUUGAAGAAGAGCUAUCGUUGUCUUCAGACGGGGGAAGCGAAUCGGCGACGCAGUUCAAGCCACCUAAGAGAACUAGGACCGCGGGAAUUGCGUUUCAAACAUCAGUUGCCCACGUUUUAGCUACGUCUCCUAUAGCAGACAACCAAAACUUCACCUCUGAAGGCAUUGCCCGACGACAUACAUUGCCAUACUUAGAUACGUCGAAUGUUCAUAAUCCGACACAAACACCCUCGGGGAGAAGAAAACGGACGACUUCGCUGUCCGUACGGCCGUUCCUCAAACUGACAUAUACGCAAUCCGUUAUCCGGAAGUGGCUAUAUGCCCUUUACGUAUACGUGGUUUUGAUAACGGUCAUCCUGGUUGGUAUUCGGACUCACAUAGAAAAGUUUGCUCUCCGGGGCAUCGAGCCCAUCGGUUUCGCACUUGGGUACAUGUUUGGCGAUCUGCCAUCCUUUCGCUUUCGGGUAAUCUAUGCCAACAUCGAUUGGUGGAUUCCAUUACCCAUUUACGAUGAAGACGACAAGCAAUGCCACAUGGGCUGGGUUCAGCACAUUCGCCAUAACGAUUUUGGCGAAGCAAACACCCGGCUUCUUAUCGCAGCCUACUGGGUUUGCGUAUUUGUCGUCGGCCUCCUUACUGUCUUCCGUCUGAAGGAGAUAUACGAGGUCGAUACGAGGAGGAAGGUGUUCCACUUCAUGAUGGUAGGGAUCUUAUUGCCUGCCACCUUUGUAGAUCCGACGUUUGCGGGUCUCGCUCUCUCUCUGAUCCUUGCCAUCUUCCUGAUCCUGGAUCUCCUUAGAGCCAGCCAGCUUCCACCCCUCUCCAAGCCCAUAGCCUCCUUCCUAGCACCAUACGUCGACGGGAGAGACUUUCGAGGCCCAGUUGUCAUCUCUCACAUCUUCCUUCUCAUCGGUUGUGCUAUCCCGCUCUGGCUGGCCCUGGCCUCCCUCCCCCGGACUGGCUCAGGCUAUCUCAGUGGAUGGGAGCUCCCUGGCCGCGAGGUCAGCAUGGUCUCUGGAGUCAUCUGCGUUGGGCUGGGAGACGCCGCCGCCUCCCUGAUCGGAAGGCGCUACGGCCGUCGCAAGUGGAUAUGGGGCGGGGGGAAGAGUCUCGAGGGGAGCUUGGCGUUUGCCAUUGCCGUGUUUGCUGGCAUCGCUGCUGCAUGGGCGUGGCUCAAGGUAGGCGGCUGGCCCGUCACCGGGGAGCAGUACGGGAUCGCGACAAGCGCGCGGAACGCAGCAGUCUGUGCCUCCAUGGCUAGCCUUACGGAGGCUGUGCUCACUGGCGGGAACGACAACGUGAUUGUCCCCGUAGUCCUCUGGACUUGCGUGAAGAGUCUGGCGAUUUAG